CGGGAUGCAAAAACAAAUUAAAAAUUGUGGGAGGGUUUUAGUAAAUCAGUCCAAUAACACCGUCGGUCGGUAAUAGGCGAACACCGGCGAGAUCGAUUUGAACGGCGAAGACGAAUGUGGAGGCGAAGCAACUUACCAGGAAACGCAGAUUCUGAUCAGAGCAUAUCUGAGGAAGAGGAAGAGCACGUGGAUGUUAGUUUGGGAGAAAAUGAUGAUAUGUUGUUGUGUCCAAGUGAGAAGGCCAACGAAGAGGGAAGAGGAUUACUACUUCAAACAAAGCUCGACAAACUCAUUGGUGGUUGUGGUGGUGAACUAUAUUACGCUGAGGAAACAGAUGGCCAUGUGUCUCUGGAAGCAACUCCAAGGAAGUUAUCUUCCUCUCUGGAACAAGUUCCUGAUUCCCCUGAGCAGAGUUAUUUUGCUUCUUCAACAAAAGACGGCUUGACAUGCACAUCUGCGCAUGAAUGUCUGCCAGAUGAUGAGAUGCCACAUGAUGAACCAGUGGCAACUUGGUCCGCUAUAAGUAAAGAAGCCAAAUCACUACUCCAUCUGAAUGUCAUUGCUUCAGUCUCAUCGUCACAUGCAUCUGGCUUUAGAUCCAAGAGAGGCACUAAAGUUGUCAAAGACGAUGUCAGGCCAAAAUUUUCGUUUCACUCACAUACUCAUGGAGAAACAUCUUCCAAGAUUAGUGACAUGGCUGAAUACUUUGAGCUUGCUGAUGAUCAGGCCGCCAUGGAGGAGGAUCCAAUCGCUGAAUGCCCCAACGAUUGUGAUGAAAUAUCAGAUAACACUGAGGAUGCAGUAUCCAAGCUUUUAAUCCCACCUCCACAUCAGAAUAGAGUAACAAAACGGAGCUCUAAUUCUUACAGCAGGCGCCAAGGAAAAAGUUUGAAAUUUGCUCAUAAGGGAAGUUCAACAAACAUCCAAGAUAGUGAUAGUAGUGAUGAUGAACUUCCUGGACCCAUGGAUAGUGGAUCAUCCACCGAUGACGAGCCUAGUUAUCAAACCUCGGUUCCAGACAUUUCCAACCAGAGGAAACAAUUUGUUGGAGACCUGUUUAAUGAAGCAGUGAAAGCUUCCUCUUUGAACAAGGAAGGUCACUCAUUCGAUUCACCCAAACUAUCUGGUGGAUCUAGCCUGUAUGGGAAGCUACAGCAGAUCAUGAAACAAGAAAAGGAGAUGGAAAUAGAAAUCACGAAGAAACUGCAGGGCGGAAUGGGACUAGCAGAUGCGUCGAGCUAUGUUGAUAUAAAAAUCGUGUCAAGACACUUGGAGGGAAAGCUCGUUGUCUGCAAAUGCUCUGUCAUCGACCUUCCUGGGGACUCCCUCUUGUUUAAGAAUACACAAGCUCUUGGGGCUAAAGAUACAGAAACAAGAGUCAUCUUUAAUCCUAAAGUGUGUGUGGAUGUUGAUAUUGAAAUCGGGAGCUUUGUCCGUAUAUAUGCGCCAUGGAAAGAAAUGGAAGUGAAGAAGACCAAGGAAGUGAUUAUUUUGUGUUCAUAUUUCUCAAGUUUGUAAUUUAACUCUCACACAAAUGUCACAAGUAUAAACUCUUUAAUGUCACACAACUUUAAUAUGUCAAUAAAAGAAAAUGUUUGUGGAA